AUGAGGAAGACAAACUGGGUGGUCAGCUUGGAAGAAGACAUACAUGAAAUUGUCUCACAACUAACCACCAACAGUGCUGAGAAUUUCUCCACUCUCACCAGUGUGGGGAUGAAGGGCAUCACCAACAGUUUUGAGAAUUUCUCCACUCUUUCCAUUGUGGGGAUGGAGGGCAUCGGUAAGACAACUCUCGCCAAGAUGGUGUUUAAUAAUAGAGCUAUUCAGAAGCAUUUCGUUCACAGAUACUGGGUAUCUCUACCAGAUAUAACAGAUGAUAAGACCGAACUCUUGAAAAAAUUAGGAAAAGAGGUGCUGCCAGCUAAUGAGAAAGAGAAGGAAAAAGAUUACUCUUACAAGGUGGUGAAUGAUUUUUUGAAAACUAGGAAGUACCUUCUAGUUCUUGACAAAAGUCCCAACAAGGAAACCUGGGAUACUCUAAAAGAAGCAUUCCUAGAUAACGGAAAAGGGAGCAGAAUUUUGCUCACCACACGGGACAAGAGUGUAGCUUCACAUGCUGGCACAAGUUGCAAACCGUACCAUAUUAGACUACGAACUAAUGGUGAGAGCCGGGCUUUGUUUGGGCAGAUGGUGCACUGUAUGGAUGAACCUUCUCAUCCUAAUCAUGAAACCUCUUCAGAAUUGAAAAAUCUUGUCAAAAAAGUUGUAAGAAGAUGUGGGGGCUUGCCACUUUCCAUCUUAAAUCAUGGCUAUCUAUUGUCCGGGAAAGAAGUGACCACUGAUGACUUGUCAAGGGUGCUUGAGCAUGUCAAUCCUUACCAAAGACCAUGUUCAGAAAAUUUGGAAAAAAACAAAAAAGACUUGCAUCCGUAUUUAAGUCAAUGUCUUUCUUACUUUGUGAAAUUUCCGAAAGACACAGAAAUUUCUUCAAGAAGAUUAGCAGCUUUGUGGGUUGCAGAAGGGCUCGUAGAAGUGAGUGAUAAUAAGCCUCUUAAAUCUUUUGCAGAGAAUUAUUUGUUAGAGUUGAUAAGCCAUAACUUGUUACAGAUACUGGAGAGAAAGAUGAACGGGAAUGCUAGGACAUGUGUCUUACCUUAUCUUGUCAAGGCUUUGGUGGUAGCAAUUAUUCACCGAAUAUAUCACAAAGCUCCAAAAAUCCCCAGUCCAUGGUCUGUUUUGAUACUAGAGAAGGAGAUAAAUCUGGAGAAGAAAUUGAAACUUCAAAACCUGUAUUUGAGCGAUUUUUGUCGGAGCAAAAUUGAUCAUCAACCUGAAAAGAAAUAUCAUCAACCCAAUAGGAAAUUUCUGCAAAAUCUUCAAAUUUUGCGAAGUGGAUUUGUAGAUGAAGACAAUCCUCUGAAGGAUGCCUUCAAUAUGAUGACAAACCUUCAGAUAUUAGAUCUGGCGUUCCAUCAACCUCAAGAUCUCUAUGUAGAUCACUUGUCAGGCCUCAAAUAUCUCUCAUCCCUAUCUCUGUUUGGAAAAUUGAAUGAUCCAUCCACCAUCAUAAACACUACUGCACUCCCCCAAAGCCUGACUGAUCUUACUUUAUCAGCCUCUGGCCUUUCAGAUGAUCCAAUGCCACAGUUAGAGAAGCUUCACAAACUUGAGUGCCUUACUUUCUACUCUGCUUCUUAUACUGGGAAAAGCAUGUUUUGCUCUAAGGGAGGCUUCCCUCAGCUUCAAGUUCUGAAAUUCAUAAUGCUUCAGGAAUUGGAAGAAUGGCAUGUGGAGGAACAAGCAAUGCCGACCCUCAAGAAGUUGGAGUUCCGAUCUUGCAAGAAAUUGAAGGUCCCCUCCGGGUUGAUCCAUCUCAAGACCCUUCGUGAAUUGAAGUUAAAAAUGAUGCCACUUAAUUUCACAAGGCAAGUGGAAAAACGCAAGGAGCAAACCUGGGAACAUAUUUCUGUCUUUCCGAUUGUCCUUCCUUUCAUGUCUCAAGCAACUGUUAGGGUCUCCAUGAAUGAGGGUACUAAGAUUGAACCCACUAAAGUUGAGGAAGCAUUUCAGGAUGAAAGUUGGGUUGAAGCUAUGCAUGAUGAACUACUUUAG